AUGCUCCGUUCUGGCUACGCCUUUCCUGCAACGCCCUUCUCAUAAAGCCCUGAUGUUCUCAACAGAUGGAGCCGAGGAUGGUUUUUAUUUAGAGGUUUAAGUGGCGGCAGGUCUGACACAUUGAAGAGUUCCCCUGCCCUGCAGCGGCCUGUGAGAAUCACCUGGAGGAAGAGGAGGAAGAGACGCAGCCCAGACAACGGCAGAAAUAGAAGCUGUUCUAACUUGGGAAACCUGUUAGGCUCUCUUUGAUCAACCAACAUGGCUUCAGUACGGGAAGUGUCCAGUUUCACUGAAGACCUGCUGUGCCCCAUUUGCCUCUGCCUCUUUCGCAAGCCCCACAUACUGGAGUGCGGCCACAGCUUCUGCGCUCCCUGCCUGGAGCCCUGCAUCCCCACUGGGGAAAGUAGCGGGCUCUGCCCCCAGUGCCGGCACCCCUUCACUUUGCGCCACAUGAACCGAGCCCUCUGCAGCUUGGCCGAGAAGGCCCGGCUUCUGAAGCUGGAUGAAAGGGCUCAGCUGAGCGGCUCCGGCGUCUGGUUCUUCUGUGAGGAACACGAGGAGCCUCUCAAGCUCUUCUGCAGCCAAGAUGAGGAGUGCGUUUGCGUCAUCUGCCGGGACUUGCCUCAGCACCGGGGACACGACUUCCUGCCCAUCAAAAAUGCGGUUCAGAUCUAUCAGGACCGGCUGAAGGCAUCUCUGGAGCCUCUUGAGGAAGGUCUCAGGCGGUUGAAAAGGAGCCAGUGCCACCAGCAGGAGAACAUUAUCGAAUUAAAGACCUGCUCCAAAUCCUUGUCUGAUCAUAUCUCUGAAGAGUUUAUGAAGAUGCACCAGCUGCUGAACGACCGAGAGCUGGCUAUAAAACAGGCCUUAGAAAACCAGAGAGAAAAGAACUUGGCUCAGAUGGAAACCAAGUUAAAGGAACUGGACUGCAAGUUGGCUUCACAUUCAGAAACUGUGUGCCGUGUACAGGCCAGCCUUGAAUGCAAAGACCACAUUAGUUUCCUUAAGGAGGCAAAAGAGUUGCUAGAGAGGGUCCGUAAGGAACAAGAAGGUCCGGAUGAACGCGAACUAGAUGCACUGGUAGGAGAAGAUGGGCUGGAGGCCAGCACUGAAGACACAGGUGAGUGUGAUAAUGAGACUGAUGAAGCUGUUUAUGAGGGAGAAGAACAGGAAGAAGAGGAAAAGGAGGAGGAGGAGGAGGAAGAAGAAGAGACAGCAAAGGAAGAAGAAGAGGAGAAGGAAGAGGAGGAGGAAGAAGAAGAGACAGCAGAGGAAGAAGAGGAGGAGGAAGAAGAAGAGACAGCAGAGGAAGAAGAAGAGGAGAAAGAAGAGGAGGAAGAAGAUGGAGUGGUGGCUGUAGACUUGAACCUGGGCGAGUUUAAAGGACCUCUGCAAUUCUACACCUGGAAGGAGCUCCUGGGUGAGCUACAUCCAGUCCCUGCAAGCAUCACUUUGGACUCCAACUCAGCUCAUCCCAGCUUGGUCCUUGUGGAAAAAGCCACCGGGGUCGAGUUCAGUCCUGACCAACAGAUCUGGCAAGAAAAGCUGGAGACCUUCACCGCCACCCCGUGUGUGGUGGGACGGAAGGGCAUUACCACUGGCCGCUUCUACUGGGAGGUCGAUGUCGAGGACAGCACCGAUUGGAUAGUGGGGAUGGCCAAAAAGUCUGUGAAGCGCAAGAAGCAGCUGAAUUUUCUGCCCAAGGAAGGGGUGUGGGCUAUUGAGCUGAAGGCGGGAGAAUACCAAGCUCUGAGUGAGCCCCGUACGCCCCUCUUGGUCUGUGGGAAGAUGAAGAAAGUUGGGGUCUACCUGGACUUUGAAGGGGGGCAGCUCUCUUUUUACAACAGCAGCAGCAUGACCCACCUCUACACCUUCCAAGCAUGCUUCCAACCUGCCCUUUCUAAGCGUGCUUCCAUGCUGCCCUUUCUCAGCACUCAAAGCAACUGUACCCUUGGUGUGUGGGGUCUGGAGCUUUGAGAUCUUAGCUCAGGGUGUAGCAUUGGAAAGAACAGCCUAGUGAAAGUUGAAAACAUCGAGGUGUGUUAGGAUGGCUGUUUUAAGAGAAAGUCCAUGCUAUUCCCUCUGUGCAAGCAAUCGCUCCAAGAUUUGAAACUGGUCUAACCUGACUUGUGGUCCAUGAUGGAUGUUCUAGGUGCAGAGAGUAAAUGUAGCUUUCAAGUUGACUUUCUAUUUCCCACAUGUUUAACUUCCUUGACCCAUUGACCAUAGUGAGGAUAGAGGUUGCCUCUGUCCACUGCAAGAAUCUCUGCCUCUGCAAGAUUUUUUACCUUCUUUCAAUGCAUUCCACUGCAGGCAAAAACAAUGAAGGCAAGCCAUAUUUCCUGCCCUUGGUUGGGAAGGCCUUAGUAGAGAUGUUCCAAUAUUCCAAUACUGAGUUGUGUUUGUAUUUGUAACAAAUGAUGGUUUUCCUCAUCGCCCUAUAAUUCUAUAGGGCAUUGCACAUCAAAACAACUAGAGACAAGGACAAUUGUUUUCCUCCAAUGCCAUCAUCAUGCUAAACAACUAAUUCCCACAACACUGUCUUAUGCCCUGGGAUGUCAAACCACCCAGUAGGGCUGUAUUACUAUUACCCUUCUCAUCUUUCCUAUUUUCCUAUUCCUUUAGCAUCUUAUGACUAUAACUUUAUCGUUUGUAUCUCAUGGUUUAUAUUGACUUCAGGAAAUAAGUCCAUGCUGAAAAUGAAAAUGAUGGUUUGUAUUGAUUGCUUUUAUUUAGUAUCUUAUUAUGAUUUAUGUUGAUUGCUUAUUUUGUAUGCUAUGAUGAUCGCUCAGGGUUGUUAUCUUAUGAUUUAUGAUGAUUGUAUUUUAUGAUUAUAAUCAUGAUUUAUCACUUAUUGCUUAUAUGUACAUAUAAGCAUGUAUGAGAACAUGUAUGAGAACUUAUGCACUGGAGACAAAUUCCUUGUGUGUCCAAUCACACUUGGCCAAUAAAGAAUUCUAUUCUAUUCUA